CCUGUGCAACAGCGCGAAUGGACCACGAAUAUGUUUGGAUGCUGUGAAGACGUACCCAGAUUAUGCGUUUUUUCUUCGAAGUUCUCAUCGUGCUGUGUUUCUCAAAUGCCUCCGUGACCUUUUUAUAACGUGUCGUUCUAUUCUUCCAGGCUUCCUGGUUGCAUGUUGUGCACCAUGCUACCUGUGUCACAUGUAUAAGUACGAUCAUGAGGCAUGCUUCCUACCUAUUUUCGGUGCGGGUCCGAUCCUCCUUCGUGUCAAGCAUCGAUUCAAACACAAUAUCCG